UAUGUUGGAUUUCUGACGUAUACGUCAAUCUACGCGUAGACGGCUUGACAAAAAUUGUAGCAGAAGGUGACAACUUUUGUUGCACCCAUCCAGAUGAAACGCACUAUUUUUGCGCAAACACUAUUGGUCUGAUCAAGGCGUUACUAGCUUGACAGGUUCAGAGCAACAGGACAUGAGUCGCUUAGGUGGCUCUUGCACCAUUGCGCCUCCCUUCACAUAAGCUACUGAGUUGCUGUAGCACUCUCUUCAAAUUUAGAAACGCUGCAUUCACGCAACUAUUAGCUACAUCAAGGGCAAUUUAAUCCGCCGAAGGAAAUAUAUUUAGGAGAGAAGUAGUGAACAGAAAUGUGCAUUCGCUAAUUUCCAAGCGCAUCCCCAGUUUGAUGCGUUCGCACGUCAAUACUAUUCUUGUCCAGCAAACGGUAUUCCGGGUGAAGACUGAAGUGCCUCGAUGCUGCUCAAUAAUCAAAACCCGACAAUAUUUACAAAGACUUCAGAAAUUUGUAUUUUUCUUUCUGAGUAUGGCAUGGUCUUCCAGGGAACUAGGGACGACUAAGCUAUGAAGCUCUUCCCUUCCAAACCUUCCCUGCUCUCCUUCUCCAGUUACUGUCACUUCAUGAGCCUUACCCACUGCUGCUCUCACAACCAUCAUCUCUGCCCAGCCUGGUACUAACAGCUUGGCUGAGACUCACUUCAACACAAAGAAGAAAAAAAAGAGCGAGAGAAGAGAAGAAAACCCUCCCCAGCUGCCAUCCAGACACACAUGGUGCAUAGCUGCCAUUCCCCAGGCUCCCUCCAUCCCCGCGGCCUGACCUCUAGCUAGCUCCUCGCACCCAUCACACAGCCUAGCCCACGGCCUGCCCAAGGGAUAUAAAUAGGCUACAGCCGUCCAGUGUGUGGAGCCUGCUCUUGUGUUGCCUUUUUUUUCCAGAGCACACACGCCCGGUGGGGGUCACACCCAUUUGUUUUCGGUCUUCCACUGCCUGGAUCAGUGGGAGCUAGUGGUGGGACCGAAGAGGGAGUGGCCGAGACCAUGGAGGUAAAUAUCGAGUACUGUCUGGCCCAGGUGGUGCAGAAAGACCUGGGGAGGAAGGUGCAGGUGGGACAGGAGCUCAUAGAUUACAUCCUGGAUAAGGACAGGUCCCAGGAUCUAGAGCAAGACCAGACAGGUCUGGACAGGAUGGUGGACAGCAUCGCUACCACCUGGGUCAACUGUUCCAACUUCAAGGUGGCUUUGCUUGGAAUAGACCUUUUAUCUGCCCUAGUGACAAGGUUACAGGACCGAUUUAGAAACCAUGUGGGAACAGUACUGCCCAGUCUGAUAGAUCGUCUGGGGGAUUCCAAAGACCAAGUCAGAGACCAAGAUCAAAUCUUGCUGCUGAAGAUCAUGGAGCAGGCUGCUACCCCACAGUACGUGUGGGACAGAAUGCUGGGAGGCUUCAAACACAAGAACAACAGGACCAGAGAGGGAGUGUGCCUUUGUCUCAUCUCAACGCUCAACAUGUACGGAGCCCAAGGCUUAACCCUCAGUAAAAUAGUCCCUCACAUAUGUAAUCUACUAGGAGAUCCCACCAGUCAGGUGAGAGACGGAGCUAUGGGCUGCCUGGUGGAGAUCUACAGACAUGUGGGGGAGAGGGUGAGGAUGGACCUCAGCAAGAAGGGCCUACCACAGUCACGGUUGAAUGUAAUCUUCAGUAGAUUUGAUGAAGUCCAAAGAUCUGGGAACAUGAUCCCAUCCUCAGCUUCAGAUAAGAACUUUGAUGAUGAGGACUCUGUGGAUGGGGGCCGGUCCUGCUCCUCUGCAUCGUCCUCCAAGGCGCCCCCCAGUGGGAGGAGGACUGUAGCUGCAGCUUCUGUCCGCAGGCCCAGCUCUGCCACCGGACCCGGCAAGAUCUCUGCUAAAGAUGCUGCUGCAGGAGCAGUAGAUGAGGAGGACUUCAUCAAGGCUUUUGAAGAGGUUCCUACUAUCCAGAUCCACUCCAACAGAGAGAUGGAGGACAACCUCUCCAAGGUCCGGGAGGUUCUGUCUGACGACAAAAACGACUGGGAGCACCGAGUCAUCGCUCUGAAGAAGGUGCGUUCUCUGCUCCUGGCUGGAGCUCUGGAGUAUGAUUGUUUCCCUCAGCAGCUCCGUCUGCUGGAGGCCCCUCUGAAGCUGUCGGCUAAAGACCUGAGGUCCCAGGUGGUACGAGAGGCCUGCAUCACACUGGGAUACCUGUCCACACUAAUGGGCAACAAGUUUGACCACUGUGCAGAGAUCCUGAUGCCCACACUGCUCAACCUGGUGCCCAACAGUGCCAAGGUGAUGGCUACGUCUGGCAUGGCAGCCAUACGUCUCAUCCUCAGGCAUACACACUACUCACGUCUCAUCCCAAUCAUCACUAGUAACUGCACGUCCAAAUCAGUGGCCGUCAGACGGCGCAGUUAUGAGUUCUUAGAGCUGUUAUUACUGGAGUGGCAGACACACACACUGGAGAGGCAUGUGGCUAUUCUGACGGAGACCAUCAGGAAAGGGAUCCAUGAUGCCGACUCAGAGGCCAGGUCCGUGGCCAGAAAGUGUUAUUGGGGUUUCCAUGGCCACUACAGCCGGGAAGCGGAGCAUCUUUUCCAGGCCCUGGAGUCGACCUAUCAGAAGGCUCUCCAGUCUCACCUGAAAAGUUCUGACAGUGUCGUGUCCCUCCCCCAAUCAGACCGCUCAUCCUCCUCCUCUCAGGAGAGCCUCAACCGGCCCCUGUCUGUCAAGAGUGUCAUAGGAGGCGGCAUGACAAGGGGGAAGAUGGUGAGUUCCAGGGUGAACUCUAACCCCGGCGGUUCUCUCCAGCGUUCCCGUAGUGACAUCGAUGUGAACGCUGCGGCCAGCGCCAAAUCCUGUCUGGUCACCGUGCCCUCCGCUUCUCCCUUCAGCUCAGCCGCUGCUCUGCCCCCAGGCUCCUACGCCUCUCUAGCUCUAUACCUCUCUUCACCCGCCGUCCCCUGCUUUGAUUUAUGCCCAAAAGAUGGCACGCCUGGUAAAAUUAAUACUGGUCGUGUGCGUACGAGGAGGACAAGCGCUGGCAGUGCCGUCGGAGCCAGCGCUACUGUGACUGACAGCAGGGGGCGCAGCCGAGCCAAAAUGGUAUCCCAGUCCCAGCGAUCCAGAUCUGCUAACCCCACUGGCGGUGGUAAGGCCCGGACUUCAUCCAAUCAGACUGGCAGUCGCUCCAGUUCCCCUGGAAAGCUUCUGGGCCACUCGUCUGGGUACGGGAGGAUCAGCAGGCCCCCCUCAGCCUCCAGCACCCCUGCAGACAAGAGGAGGAAGGUCCCCCGCAGCCAGGGCUGCAGUAGAGAUUCCUCUCCCAGCCGACUGGGACUAGCCAGGCUGUGUGGUAAAGCUCUUGUUCCUGGUACUCCUCUCUCCUCCUACCACAUGCUAGCGAGGAGCCGUAUCCCCCGGCCCAGCAUGAGUCAGGGCUGCAGCAGGGAAACCUCUAGGGAAAGCAGCCGAGACACCAGCCCUGCUCGGGGCUUCAAGCCUCUUGCCUCCCGACGUACUUCCCGCUCUACCAGCGCCCUAUCCACGGCUGACCCCCACGGCCAGUCAGAUCGGUUUGGCUUGAUUCACCAGGACCGUAUCUCUGCCUCAGUAAAUGCCAUGAGAGUCCUCAACACUGGCACUGAGGUGGAGGCUGCUGUGGCUGAUGCACUGCUAUUAGGAGACUCCAGAAAUAAGAGGAAGCCUAUGAGGCGGCGGUAUGAGUCUCCGGGUAUCUAUUCUGACGACGAUGCUAACAGCGAUGCGUCCAGCGCAUGCUCAGAGCGCUCAUACGGGUCCAGGAACGGAGGUAUCCCUCACUAUCUGCGUCAAACGGAGGAUGUGGCGGAGGUGCUAAACCACUGUGCCAGCUCCAACUGGUCAGAGAGGAAGGAGGGGCUGCUGGGGCUGCAGAACCUACUCAAGAACCAAAGAAUACUCAGCCGAGUGGAGCUGAAGAGACUAUGUGAGAUCUUCAGCAGGAUGUUUGCAGAUCCACACAGCAAGGUGUUUAGUAUGUUUCUGGAGACUCUGUUGGACUUUAUCUUGGUGCACAGAGAAGACCUGCAGGACUGGCUGUUUGUCCUGCUCACCCAGCUACUGAAGAAGAUGGGAGCUGACCUGCUGGGGUCUGUCCAGGCCAAGGUCCAGAAGGCUCUGGACAUCACCAGGGAGUCUUUUCCGUUUGAUCACCAGUUCAACAUCCUGAUGAGGUUCAUUGUUGACCAGACACAGACACCCAACCUCAAGGUGAAGGUGGCCAUUCUGAAGUACAUAGAAUCACUGGCAAGACAGAUGGAUCCUACAGACUUUGUCAACUCCAGUGAAACCCGACUGGCUGUAUCUCGCAUCAUUACCUGGACCACAGAGCCCAAGAGCUCCGACGUCAGGAAGACCCUUCAUAACUGGGUGGUGGAGGAGCUAUCAGGCAGGUCCAGUACUGCAGCCUCACUGUCCCAGCAGGCCGGGGAGGGGCAACUGGAAGAGAGGUGUAAGCAGGCGUCCCAGGUUGUGCUGAUCUCUCUGUUUGAGCUGAACACCCCAGAGUUCACCAUGCUGCUGGGAGCCCUGCCCAAGACCUUCCAGGACGGGGCCACUAAGCUGCUCCAGAACCACCUGAAGAACUCCAGCAACACCAGCAGCGUGAGUUCUCCCAGCAACACUAUUGGGCGGACCCCAAGCCGGCACCCCCCAAGCCGGACCAGCCCUCUCACUUCCCCGACCAACUGCUCCCAUGGGGGGCUAUCUCCCAGUCGGUUGUGGGGUGGGUGUUGGAGUGGCGAUGGGCUACCUAAGCACCCCCCUCAUCCUCCUCCACCUCACUCCACCCCCGCAGGCCCCGCCCUCAGGGUCCUCCGCAGAGCGUGCUCUCCCAGUAUGUUGGAGUAUGACACAGAGAACAUGAACUCUGAUGAGAUCUACAGCUCCCUGCGAGGGGUCACAGAGGCCAUCCAGAGCUUCAGCUACCGCAGCCAGGAGGACCUCAACGAGUUGAGAGGGAAGAGGGACGAUGCUGCGGGACGGGAAGGUGUGGCGCCCUCUCCAGGCUCUGAUGCCCGUCUGGGGCUGGAUGUGGUGGAGGGUGGGCGUACGGCCCUGGAUAACAAGACCUCCCUUCUCAACACCCCGUCCCCCCGCUCCUUCUCUGGGCCGCGAGCCAGGGAGUUCGCCCCCUACGGAUACGGAGACACCAUCACCUCAUCCUACGACAAGAGCGCCCUGAAGGAGGCCGUGUUUGAUGACGACGUGGAGCAGUUUAGAGACUGCCGUCGGCAGGACAGCAGUGGUGAAAACAAGAUGGUGCUGUCUAAGGGCUUUGCUCCAGGUUCCCAGGACCACUCGGACCUGGUUGCAGACCUGCUGAAGGAACUGUCUAAUCACAAUGAACGCGUGGAGGAGCGUAAAGGGGCGUUGGUGGAGCUCCUGAAGAUCACCCGGGAGGACAGCCUGGCCGUGUGGGACGAACACUUCAAGACCAUCCUCCUACUGCUCCUGGAGACACUGGGGGAUAAAGACUACACUAUCCGGGCCCUGGCGCUGAGGGUACUGAAGGAGAUACUGCGGAACCAGCCGGCCCGCUUCAAGAACUACGCUGAACUCACCAUCAUGAAGACCCUAGAGGCACACAAAGACUCCCACAAGGAGGUGGUAAGAGCAGCGGAGGAGUCUGCCUCCACCCUGGCCGGCUCCAUCCACCCAGAGCAGUGUAUCAAGGUGCUGUGUCCCAUCGUCCAGACGGCUGACUACCCCAUCAACCUGGCUGCCAUCAAAAUGCAGACCAAAGUGAUAGAACGCAUCACCAAGGAGUCCCUGCACCAGCUGUUGCCUGACAUCAUACCAGGACUACUGCAGGGCUAUGACAACACAGAGAGUAGUGUUCGCAAGGCCAGCGUGUUCUGUCUGGUGGCCAUCUACUCUGUGAUUGGUGAAGAGCUCAAACCACACCUGCAGCUACUCACGGGCAGCAAGAUGAAGCUGCUGAACUUGUACAUCAAGAGGGCUCAGACAACCAACAGCAACAGCAGCAGUUCCUCGGAUGUCUCUUCACACAGCUAGCUGUAGGAGCAGAGGGAGGGAAACACAGAUCCGUCUGCCUGUACUGUGCAUCUGAAUUAGGGGGAAAGGGUUGCUUCCCAAAUUGGCAUCUUUUUCCCUAUAUAGUGCACUACUGUUGGGCUCUGGUCAGAAGUAGUUCACUAUAUAGGGAAUAGGGUGCCAUUUGGGACAGAUCCAUAGUCGUGCCUCUUCCAGACCUUUCCAUUCCUUUUAUUUUCCUCUCUCCUUCACCCCACUGGACUCCUCUGGGUGACCCUAUGACCUGCUCAUCGCUUCAACCACCGCUUCACUUACUUUGCCCCC